UAAUAUGCAUGAAUAUAAGUUAGGGUUAAUUAAUGAUAAUAUCGAUUUUUAAGGAGAUAGGGGCUAAUGUUAUUGUUAUACCAUGCCCAUGGUAACGGAUUUUGUGUUUCACCAUAGAUCGCCGUGUAAAGUGUUAUUAGCAAGUAGCAUUCUGCAAGCUUAAUUUAAACUUCAUGGGUUAAUACUCCUCUGUUGACCUACACCUUGAUAAUUAUGUAUAUCACAUGGAAGGCUUUAGGAGUUUUCUUCACGGCUGUCUUAGGAAUUCUUUCUCAAACAGAUGUUCCAUACAAUCGCUGGAUUAUUUCCAAAGCACUAACCAUCAAAGCAAAUAUGGAUGAUGCAUUUGGUUUUGUUACUACAACAGAUUACAUGAACAAAUGGUUUCCAUUUGCUUCUCGUAUAAGAGAGGCAGACAGUAGGCCCAUAAGCGAGGGAAAAAAAUACUAUGCUGUUUAUGAUCUACCACUGUGGGGAGAAUACCUAGUGCUGUAUAAAGUUGUUCAUUACCAACAUCGCUCCCAGGUGGUUGUGGAAAGUGACUUUAUAUUCAGACCAAGAGUUGAGUUUCUCUUCACAAAAAUGAGUGAAAAUCAGUGUAAAAUGGCAGUCAGCAUUAUAUUUCGUCGUUCUAGUCUGCUUUUUCAGAGCAUUGCUAAGGAACUUUGAUGAAUUUUCUUGAUCCCAAUCAGCACUGGGAUACAUUUACCAUUGUAUCAAGUUUCACAUUCAACUAGUCUGCCAAAAAAUGCAUCAUUAUGCCUAAUAUCAUUGAACAAAAGAUUAGCAUUUUCCAAGUGAUAUUAACAAAGGUAUAGAAAACUGGUUUAGAUGGGCUUGGCUUGAAAAAAUCGUAAAAGUAGACAUUGGUAAAUAAUAUGUGGAUAUUGUUUUAGGUGACUUUAAAUGGAAGGUUUAUGUAACAUGUGUAUUGACUCAGUGAGGAUUUAGUUUGCUAGCCUACAGAAUGAAUUUCAGAAUUUUUAACAAAUAAGCUGAAGAGAUGAAUGAUCUAUUAGUUAAACUUACUUGAAUAAUACUUUCUUUAUGUUUACUUAUAAAAUUUAGUUGCAGGAGAACUUAGUUGAAGAGGUUAUUGCUUUAAUAAAUCAAUGUGCUUCAAGGGGGUUCGUCCUCCCUCCCCCAGCAGGGGUGCUGCUCCACACAUCACCAUGAUCUAACACUGCUCCUGGGCUCCCAGAUAUAUUCUGCCUUUUUCUGUUCUUCUUCUUCUUUCUGCUCUCACCCCUCAGUAUGUUUAUUAAAUCCAUGAAAAAUUGUAUACACUAAACUUAUUCUUUCAAAUAUUGAUACCUGAAACCAUAAAUAACUAUGUUUUUUAAAUGUUACUUGUAUUCUUUAUGUUAAGUGAGCUAUGAA